GAAUCGUCCAGGUCCUAAUCAGAAAACAUUUCUCCCACUUUCGACUCAACUGCUCUCCCGGUAACGGACUUUAGCAAACGAGAAAGAUGUACAUCAAGUUGAUCCUGGGUGUCCUUGCUCUCGUGGCAUUAGCCGUUUCUGCGCCACUGGAUACAGAUAAAGAUUUAGAAUUUCAUCUAGAUAGCUUACUAAAUGCAGCCGAAGAUGGCGGUGGUGGCGAUGCUGCUGGCGCCGAGGAGGCAGCACCAGCAGCAGAUCUAAGCGGAGGUAGCAAAGGAGGAAGCAAAGGAAGUAGCACAAGAAGUAGUAAGGGAGGUAGUAAGGGAGGUAGUAAGGGAGGCAAUGGUGGUGGAGAUGCUGAUGAUUCAAGUAGCUCAAGCGGUUCUGAUUCGGGAAGUUCUGGAAGUGACGAAGAAUCAGAUGAUUCCAGCUCUAGUUCCAGUUCUGGUUCUGGUUCCGGCUCUGGCUCAGGUUCUGGCUCCGGCUCAAGCUCCAGCUCUGGCUCAUCCAGCGAUGGAUCUGAUGAUGGUUCCGAUGACGGGUCUGAUUCAGGUGACGAUGCUGAUUCCGCUAAUGCUGAUGACCUUGAUUCCAAUGAUUCCGAUGAUUCCGAUAACUCCGGUUCCAAUGGCGAGUCUGACUCUGAUAACUCCUCCUCCGACGAUGGCGAUGGUUCCGAUUCCGGUUCCGAUUCUGGCAAUGAUAGUCAGUCCGAUGACGCUUCUAAUAAUGAUUCUGAUGACUCCGAUGACUCGGAUGAUUCUUCUAAUGAUGUAAAUGAAUCAAAUUCUGAUGAAUCUGGCCCUGGAGGAUAUGGAGGCAAUGGACCAGCAGGCAAUGGAGGCAAGGGACGCAAGGGAGGCAAUGGAGGAGGCAAUGGAGGCAAUGGAGGCAAUGGAGGUGAUGGAUCCAGUUCUAGUUCGAGCUCUGGUUCCGGCUCUGGUUCUGGCUCCGGCUCUGGUUCUGGCUCAGGUUCUGGCUCAGGUUCUGGGUCCGGCUCAAGCUCUAGCGCUAGCUCAUCCGGCGAUGGAUCUGAUGAUGGUUCCGAUGACGGGUCUGAUUCAGGUGACGAUGCUAAUUCCGCUAAUGCUGAUGACCUUGAUUCCAAUGAUCCCGAAGAUUCCGAUAACUCCGGUUCCAAUGGCGAGUCUGACUCUGAUAACUCUUCCUCCGACGAUGGCGAUGGUUCCGAUUCCGGUUCCGAUUCCGGCAGAGAUAGUCAGUCCGAUGACGCUUCUAAUAAUGAUUCUGAUGACUCCGAUGACUCUGAUAACUCGUCUACUGAUACUGGCGAAUCCGAUUCCGAUGAAUCUGGUCCUGGAGGAUAUGGAGGCAAUGGACCAGCAGGCAAUGGAGGUAAGGGACGCAAGGGAGGCAAUGGAGGAGGCAAUGGAGGAGGCAAUGGAGGCAAUGGAGGUGAUGGAUCCAGUUCUAGUUCGAGCUCUGGUUCCGGCUCUGGUUCUGGCUCCGGCUCUGGUUCUGGCUCAGGUUCUGGCUCAGGUUCUGGCUCAGGUUCUGGGUCCGGCUCAAGCUCUAGCUCUAGCUCAUCCGGCGAUGGAUCUGAUGAUGGUUCCGAUGACGGGUCUGAUGAUGGUGACGAUGCUAAUUCCGCUAAUGCUGAUGACCUUGAUUCCAAUGAUCCCGAUGAUUCCGAUAACUCCGGUUCCAAUGGCGAGUCUGACUCUGAUAACUCUUCCUCCGACGAUGGCGAUGGUUCCGAUUCCGGUUCCGAUUCCGGCAGAGAUAGUCAGUCCGAUGACGCUUCUAAUAAUGAUUCUGAUGACUCCGAUGACUCUGAUAAUUCGUCUACUGAUACUGGCGAAUCCGAUUCCGAUGAGUCUGGGCCUGGAGGAUAUGGAGGCAAUGGACCAGCAGGCAAUGGAGGCAAGGGACGCAAGGGAGGCAAAAGAGGAGGCAAUGGAGGCAAUGGCAAUGGAGGCAAUGGAGGUGAUGGAUCCAGUUCUAGUUCGAGCUCUGGUUCCGGCUCUGGUUCUGGCUCCGGCUCUGGCUCAAGUUCUGGCUCAGGUUCUGGCUCCGGCUCAAGCUCCAGCUCUAGCUCAUCCGGCGAUGGAUCUGAUGAUGGUUCCGAUGACGGGUCUGAUGAUGGUGACGAUGCUAAUUCCGCUAAUGCUGAUGACCUUGAUUCCAAUGAUCCCGAUGAUUCCGAUAACUCCGGUUCCAAUGGCGAGUCUGACUCUGAUAACUCUUCCUCCGACGAGGGCGAUGGUUCCGAUUCCGGUUCCGAUUCCGGCAGAGAUAGUCAGUCCGAUGACGCUUCUAAUAAUGAUUCUGAUGACUCCGAUGACUCUGAUAACUCGUCUACUGAUACUGGCGAAUCCGAUUCCGAUGAGUCUGGGCCUGGAGGAUAUGGAGGCAAUGGACCAGCAGGCAAUGGAGGCAAGGGACGCAAGGGAGGCAAAGGAGGCAGGGGAGGCAAUGGAGGCAAUGGAGGUGGUGGAUCCAGUUCUAGUUCCGGCUCUGAUGCCGAUUCUGGUUCUGAUUCUGGUUCAAGUGAAGAGUCUGAUAGCGGUUCUGAUAGCAGUUCUGGUUCCUCUGGUGGUGAUGACGCUGACUCCUCUUCAAGUUCCUCUUCUUCAGAGGAGGAGGCAUAAAUGUAAUAUCUUGAAACUGGACUGGGCAUUUGAUUAUAUGGAGAACUAUAAGCGGUGUGUUCGCGUGAUGUGUAAGGAAAGACAAUCAAUACUACUGCAGAAAUAUCGCACUUUGGUAUACAUGCCCAUAGUAUAUUCCACUACUUACCGCGAUGAAAUUUAGUUGUAAUGAUAUGAUUUGCAUUAUUGUUAAUAUAUAGAUUUUUUAAAACAUAUUUUGGACAUUAUUAUUCACAAUCUUAACUAUUGGUGCCAGAAAAUCGCUCUUUAUCGAUCUGCAACAGUGCCAGCGACCAUGGGAUGUCCAAUUGUCUUGUUGUUAUCAGCGAUCUAUACACUCAGCUCAUAUACGUUUUCUUGUUUUAUUUGAUUAAAACGUAUGUUCAUGUAAGUUAGAAAACAAGCUAUUUUUUAUUUGAUAUAUUGUAUACUUUAUAACACCCUCAAACACGUCGUGUCCAAAUCCAGGAACCAGAUAAUUAAGAAGUCUUACGACAUAAAAAAACGCACUGGUCGAUCUAAUUCUUUCUGCGAUGCUAUUACAAUUAAGUCAUAAAUGUUCAAAAUACAUCAUGUUGAGUUAUCAGAGACAUGCGUGAACACUUAAAUCAUAGAUUGACGAUGUACGACACAUUUUUUUACAAUGUGAUAUCAGCAUUGUAAACAGUAUAUUAUGCUAAAUCGGACAAUAGCCGAAGUACACCGUGUGUACAUUGAAGUAAUAGUUAUAGUUGUUGUCUAGUGUUUGGUUAUGCAUGCACGUGGGUAAAAGUGAAGUGUGGACCGCCACAGACAAUUCAAAAUAUUGGUAGAUAUAACAUUGCUCUCCAAGACAGUACAUUUAUUAAGUUAUUAAACCAAAGGAUCUUACAAUCUAUCCCGUUAAUUUAUCAGUCACCCACAGAUAACUGAUGUUACUGUUGUUGAAUAAAACAUAUGUCACUGACAAAAAAACAAA